UGUACUGCAGGCGUCACUGUAGGCGGAUAGAAUGUAAACAGAGCAGCGGCUAAAUCGCAGCAGCUAACGUUAGACCUCCACAUUUGACGUUUGGCUCAUUUAAAAGAGGAAAUGGGAGCGAUUAAGUUGUCUUAUUGGCGUUAUUAUUAUUAUUUUAAUGCAUUCCACCGUUUACUGUGAGAUUCUAGCGAACCAAAGGAGCAGCAUUAGUGGGCUUUAAUACUGAGACCAAGCUAACCAGCUAGCUAUCUUAGCUUCGGGUGGUUAAACCAUGAACUCUCUGGUUGGCUACGGGGUGUCCUCGGAGUCCGACAGCGACGGAGACGGAGAGCAUGUUGGGGAGCUGGGUGGCGAGGCAUCGGCUGUCAAAAAGACCCGCAACUUUUUGCUGGAGUCUGGUUCAGCGUCCAGCGAAUCCGAACCAGAGGACGGGGAUCCGGAGCCCUCCUCAUCGCCACCGCACCCCCGAAAGCCGGCGUCUUCCACGGCCCACCGGCCGGCCCCUCCUCCGGGAUCCCUUGCCUGUCACAAGCUACCUCCUCCCGCACUGAACACCUCCUCGGACAGCGGCGUGUUCGCCAACCCUUUCAAGGCGCAGGCGGACCAGAAGCUGAGCGCCUUGCAGAAACACGUCCCCCUCACGAUGCAGCCCAAGCCCUCGCAGAUCGGCGGCAGGAAGGUGUGCGUGUCGUACAGGAAGAACGGCCGCUGCAGGUUCGGGAUCAAAUGCAAGUUCGCUCACGACAGCGACCUCCAGACUCUCGCCGACGGUCACGCGUCUGCGGGCGAGGAAACGCCGGGGUCAGGUCAGGCCGAGUCCCGCGCGGGGGGCUCUCGUGGCAGAGGAUCCAAGAACCCCCGGCAGAAAAAAGAGGAGGGGGAGGAGUCAGGAGGGCAGCAGGUGAAGAGGAGGAAGGUCGGACUGAGUAACACCUUGAUUCCUCCUAAACGAGCUAUGAAGCAGUACGCCACGCAGAGGGGCAGAGAGCAGAUCAAUAUGUCCUGAUGUUUCCUCAGCUCCUAUACUAUACUGUGGUUAAAGCAAUAGUACUGGAAUGUUCUCUCUCUCUGUGUGUAGUUGAAAUUGUGCACUCUCCAUUUAUCAGACCAGUUAAUGACACUGUUACAUUACAUUCGGUAGACACUUUAAAAACAACUUCAAUUUGGGUUCCUCCAGCUAAAUCUAGGUUUGUCCCAGUUUAGGACAUUUUGUGGGGCUGCUCGGGUUUGUGUUAAUUACCGUCAGUAAAUACAACUUUGGACAAAUGUUAAGACGUUUAUUUUCAUCUUUAUAAAUGAACAGUUUUUUUUUUCCUUUUGUGUUUUGCUCUACCACACAUCCUAAAAAUCACAAGCCAGAAGAGGUGCAGGUUUAGUAUUGACAUGUUUCCCCCCGGGCUUUUCUACAUAUAGUGUUGCCCGUCCAAUCACAUUACCCUUUUUAAAGUGUAAUUUCUGUGACUGCUUGCCGUUAUGUUGUGGGUUCUCGUGCGUGUGCGUGUGAUCUACAAAGCAUCCACGGUCACCGUUUGGCUGCCUAUAACGGCCAAGGACCUUUUGUGAGUAGUAUACACAUUAAGUGGGUCAUUACACCUUCAACGUUGGCCACUAGCCGAGAAACCGGUUUCAUGGGACUGCCGAGAUGGCUAAAAUAUGCAUAUUGUGACUUUUUACAGAGCUGUAAAACAACUUUUUGUGUGUGUGUGUCUUAUUUUCUUUUCAGGUUUUGAAAUGUUUCUCUGAAGAUAGUCGUUUGUUAUUCCUUUAAUCUCACCAAAUAAAGGCUUUACAGUAGA